UGUGAGGAAGGGAAAGAGAGAAGAUCUGUGCAUUUUAGAAGUGGGGGGGGGAGAAAAGGAGGGGGAGGCGGCUUUGGCUAGGAGAUGCAGAGAAGGAAGAGAGAGAAAAACAGGCGAGGGAGGAAUAAGAGAAGGGGAGCCCGAGAGGAAAAGAGAGAGAAAGAGAGGAAAGUGGGGAGAGAUCUGAGAUAAGGCAAGGAGCCGGGCGCCCCCCAAAAAAAUAAAAAGUGGGGAGAAAGAAGAACGACUGAGGAGGACGGCAGAGAAAAAGCUGAAGGAGGGAUUGCAGAGAAAGGGAAGGUGGAAGGGAAAGAGGAAGAGUGAGAAAGGGGGAACAUAAGAAAAAAAGGGGGGGAGAGAAAGACAGGUGGAGGGAAAAAAAGCGAGAAGAGCAGAGGGAAGGAAAGCAGAAGGUAAGCCGGGGAAAGAAAAGGGGGCAGCGCGGAAAAGGCUAGUCCGCGGGGAGGCAGGGAGAGGCGGUGGGAAAGAAAGAAAAGAAAAGAUAGAGAGAAAGAAGUAAAGUUAAGGGCGCCUCGCGGGCAGCAGCAGCGUCUCCUUCCUGCCACCCUCCGGAUCCAGCGCCCGCGCCCCCAGCCGAGGAGCGGGCAGUCCCGCCACUCCGGCGCCUCGAGGGGGGGGGACCAGGCGGCGGAGGGGGGGCAGCUCUUCCACACGCUCUACCCGCUCUCCCCGGCGUGCAAACUCUUCACGGCCGGAGCUCCUUCGCUUCCCCGGACGCCACCCGAGCAUCUUCCGCAUCUAAUUGACGUGGGCGGCGUGGGGGGGGGGAGUUGGUGGUAUCCCCAGGAGAAGGGGCGGGAGGAGGAAGAUGGAGAUGGAGGCGUCGAGGAAAGAGACCUAGGGAGCCGGAGAGCGAGAGGGCAUGGAAAGGGCAGGGGGCUUCCGAGGAUGAGGGCUCGCUCGCGGGGCGCAUAAGGGCCGGCCGCCAGGAAGCUCGACUUCCGUCUCUCUCUCCGGAGGCUGUGAACGGGGUCUUUGCCGCGGGAUGCUGAGGAGGGGGCAGCUCCGGCUUUAAGCCCCCUCCUGACCCAGCAGGAUGUGGACCGGACCUGGCAGGGGGCUCUGCCUGCUGGGAGCGCCAGGGCUGCUGCUGCUGCUGCUGCUGAGAGCAACUUGUAUGGCUGUGCAAUUUGUUCCUGCAAAAACCUAUGAGGACUGGUGGGCAUACAAGGAAACACUUCACGGAAGCUUUGUGCCAGGUCCUCCGUUCUGGGGUCUUGUGAAUUCAGCGUGGAGCCUCUGUGCCAUUGGCAAACGCCAGUCUCCUGUGGAUGUCAACACAAGUCAAAUGAUUUUUGAUCCCUUCCUCCCUCCUCUCCGACUGAGCAUUGGUGGAAAGAAGAUUAGUGGAACCAUGUACAACACAGGCCGGCAUGUCUCUUUUCGUCCAGAUCCGGUACAACUGGUUAAUGUUUCAGGAGGACCUCUGCCGUACAGUCACCGGCUCCAAGAAAUAAGGCUGCAUUUUGGGAGUGAAGAUGGAUUUGGCUCAGAACACCGGAUAGAUGGUGACAGCUUUUCUGUUGAGGUGCAGUUGAUCCACUACAACCAAGAACUCUAUCCCAAUAUUUCAGAGGCUUCGCGCAAUCCCAAUGGUUUAGCUGUCAUUUCUAUCUUUGCCAAUAUUGGACCAAAUCCUAACUCUUUCCUGACCAGGCUGUUAAACCGAGAAACGAUUACCCGGAUCUCCUAUAAGAAUGAUGCUUAUCUCCUACACGAUCUGAGCCUUGAAGACCUUUAUCCAGAGACAUUUGGUUUUAUCACUUACCAAGGAUCCAUGUCAACCCCUCCAUGCUACGAAACCGCCACCUGGAUUCUCAUUGACCGUCCCAUCAAUAUUACCUCCGUUCAGAUUCACUCCCUUCGUCUUCUCAGUCAGAACCUCCCUUCUCAAAUUUUCCGGAGCAUGAGUGACAACUCGAGACCUCUCCAACCCCUUUUACACCGAAGCCUUCGGGGCAACCGAGACCCACGGCGCCCCACUAAACGUUGCAAAGGAGCCUCCUACAGGCUACAUGUUGAUGGAACACAACCUCCCAAACCAGGCAUGUAGUUUUGCUGCAAGCUCCUGAAGAUCUGAGUGUGUCCGUCACUCAAAAUUCAGUGUCCAACCGAGGAAGCUACAACCUCCCAUCUCUGAAUGAUUGCCACAGCUUCCAUUGUGGGAAAAGCAACAUGUGGGGUACCAGGGAAUCAGGCUGGAAUACUUGCCUUGGGGUGUUUGGAAAACUCUGAUCACAUUAGGGUUGGGUUGCCAAAAGCUUAAACAAUGAAAUUAGGGUUAUUAAUUUGCAGAAUACGGCACAUCUCCCCCAAUGCUAUAGCCUAAUAUUUAAAGAAGGCGGAAAUAUCCAGAAGCGUGAGGACUAGAAUCUUUGUGCUGCCUCUUUGCUAAAGCAAUGCUGCCUAUUUUGGAGAUCAAAUUUAUUCAAAACCUCUAUUGGUUAUAAAUGUCAGGUGGAGGCAAUGUACCCCAAAUUAUAUACAGAGCUAAAGUGUAUCAGGCAGACAGUUGUAAUUCCAAUACUGAAUGCACUUUAGAAAUGCAGAGGAAUAUCCUUAUAAUAUCCUAGUGAGACCCCAAUAUGUUUGGGGACCUCAGUAUUCUGAGACCUGCAGGAGCCUUGGGAGUCAAAAUUAUAGUGGGAUAGUUUUCUCUGAUACGUAAAAUGCCAUUAAUCUCAGGAAGUUUAAAAGGAGGGAACUGCAUUACAUGAUGUAACCCCACAAACUCUUAAGCUUCAGCUGUUCUUUUUAAGAAGAGUUAACUUGGAGCUUUAAUCUGGAUAAAACUUGAAAGAAUCUGGGGUGGAAAACAAAACAAACGUGAUAUCCCUCUCCACUCUAUCCUGGGGUGUGUGUGUGAGAGAGAACUGAUAAAAUAUGGAAUCUGUGCUUAUCAUUUCAUUCUGAAAGGCCUUCAACACCCCUAACUGUGAAACAGCAGAGGGAAUAUUUUUAUUGCCAAACGAACCCACCUUUUGAAUAUUGAUGAGUAUUAUUAACUUAUGAAAAACAAUGGUUUUCCAAACAAA